UUCUAACGUAUAGUAGAAGACUGUGUUUCUAUGUUUAGGAAGGAAAAAGAGCAGCUGUGCUUACAGAUAUCGUGAGGAAGACUUUUCUUUACAGAAUCAGCAUCUAUCACAGGACAACAUGAAUCUGUGGAUCCAAGUGUUCUGCUCAUCUUUCUUUGUCUAUGUAGCUUCACAAUCUGAAUCUCCACUAUCCUCUGCCAGAGGUUCUUGUGAUUCUCUCUGCCACUGUGAAGAAAAAGAUGGUACAAUGCUGAUAAAUUGUGAAGAUAAAGGCAUCAAGGAGUUAUCUCAAAUAAACGUGCCACCAUUGCGACCUUUUCACCUAAUUUUACUUAAUAAUGGCUUGACAACACUUCACACAAAUGAUUUUUCUGGGCUAACCAAUGCCCUCUUAAUACACCUUGGAUUUAAUAAUAUUGCAGACAUUGAGACUGGUGCAUUUAAUGGCCUUGGACUUCUUAAGCAACUGCACAUCAAUCACAAUUCUUUGGAAAUUCUCAAAGAGGAUACUUUCCAUGGGCUGGAAAACCUGGAAUACUUACAAGCAGAUAAUAAUUUCAUUACAGUGAUUGAAACAAGUGCCUUUAGCAAGCUCAAUAAGCUGAAGGUAUUAAUUUUAAAUGACAAUGCUAUUGAGAGUCUCCCUCAAAACAUAUUUCGAUUUGUUCCUUUAACACAUUUAGAUCUUCGUGGAAAUCAAUUGCAAACAUUGCCAUAUGUUGGUUUUUUAGAACACAUUGGUCGAAUAUUGACCCUCCAGUUGGAAGAUAACAAGUGGGCCUGCAACUGUGACUUAGUAGAGCUAAAAACUUGGUUGGAAAACAUGCCCUCACAGUCUGUAAUUGGUGAUGUUGUAUGCAACAGUCCUCCAUCUUUCAAAGGAAGCAUUCUAAAUCGACUGAAGCAAGAAUCUAUUUGUCCUACGCCACCUGUGUAUGAAGAGCCUGAAGAUCCUUCAGGAUCAUUGCAUCUGGUGGCUACAACUUCCACAAAUGAUAGUCGGAUGUCAACCAAGACAACGUCUCUUUUAAAACUACCCACUAAAGCACCAGGUUUGAUUCCUUAUAUUACAAAGCCAUCCACUCAUCUCCCAGGGCCAUAUUGUCCAGUUCCUUGCAAUUGCAAGGUCCUAUCUCCAUCAGGACUACUAAUACACUGUCAAGAGCGCAACAUUGAGAGCAUAUCUGAUCUCAAACCUCCUCCACAAAAUCCUAGGAAGCUUAUUCUAGCUGGGAAUAUUAUUCAUACAGUAAUGAAGCCUGAUCUAGUGGAAUACUUCACUUUGGAAAUGCUCCACUUGGGAAAUAAUCGCAUCGAGGUUCUUGAAGAAGGAUCAUUUAUGAACCUAACAAGAUUACAGAAGCUCUAUCUAAAUGGAAACCAUUUAACCAAAUUAAAUAGAGACAUAUUUCUUGGUCUUCAGGACCUUGAGUACUUAUAUCUUGAAUACAAUGCAGUCAAGGAAAUAUUGCCUGGAACCUUUGACCCAAUGUCUAAACUUAAAGUCCUCUACUUAAAUAACAAUUUAUUGCAAGUUUUACCACCGCAUCUCUUUUCAGGGGUUCCCCUACUGAGGAUAAACUUAAAAUCUAACCAAUUUAACCAUCUUCCUGUCAGUAAUAUCUUGGAUGACCUUGUUUUGCUUACCCAGAUUGACUUUGAGGAUAACCCUUGGGACUGUUCAUGUGACUUGGUUGGAUUGCAACAAUGGAUACAAAAAUUAAGUAAGAACACGGUGACAGACGACAUCAUCUGCACUUCCCCAGAGCAGCUUGCCAAAAAGGAAUUAAAAGCACUAAAUAGUGAUCUUCUUUGUCCAGGUUUGGUCAAUAAUCCAUCUUUUUCAACUCAAACCAGUUACAUAUUUGUUAGUACUCCUACAACCACCGCUACUGCUGAUAGUAUUUUUAGAUCACUCACUGAUGCUGUCCCGUUAUCUGUUUUAAUAUUAGGACUGCUUAUUUUGUUCAUAACUAUAGUGUUUUGUGCUGCAGGGAUAGUGGUUCUUGUCAUUCACCGCAGAAGAAGAUACAAAAAGAAACAAGCCGAUGAACAAAUCAGAGACAACAGUCCCGUGCAUCUUCAAUAUAGCAUGUAUGGACAUAAAACCACUCACCAUACAACUGAAAGACCGACUGCAACACUGUAUGAGCAACAUAUGGUGAGCCCUUUGGUUCAUGUGUAUAGAAGUCCAUCCUUUGGACCAAAACAUUUGGAGGAUGAAGAAGAAAGAAAUGAAAAGGAUGGCAACGACACCAAACAUCUUCAAAGAAGUCUUUUAGAACGUGAAAAUCAUUCACCCCUCACAGGAUCCAAUAUGAAGUACAAAACCACGAACCAGUCAAAUGAAUUUCUGCCUUUCCAGAAUGCCAGUUCAUUAUAUAGGAAUAUUUUAGAGAAAGAAAGAGAACUGCAGCAAUUGGGAAUCACAGAAUACUUACGAAAAAACAUUGCUCAGCUCCAACCUGAUUUGGAGGUACAAUAUCCUGGAGCCCACGAAGAAUUAAAAUUAAUGGAGACACUAAUGUACUCCAGGCCCAGGAAGGUAUUAGUGGAACAAACUAAAAAUGAGUAUUUUGAACUCAAAGCUAAUUUACACGCUGAGCCUGACUACCUGGAAGUCCUGGAGCAGCAAUCAUAAAUAGUUUCAGGACUUUGGCAGAAAUGCUGUGAUUCUGUCUUAAGUCCACACCUUGUAAAUAAGUGCCUUAUGUGUGUGUGUCAUCAGUCAGAACUUGAACACAGCAGUAGUUCUAUGGGAAAAGAAGAAAAAGAAGCUCAGGGAUCACUGGGAGAAGCCAUUACAUUGUUUUUAGUCAAUUUUGUUUUUUCCCAAUUAAAAAAAAAUCCUUACAUGGCAAUCAUUCAAUGAUCAUAAAAAUAUGUCUCUUAUACUUCAUAGAAGUAUUCUUACACAUCUGAAAUGAUUCAGUAUUUAAGUGAUUUUUACUUUCUUGAAAUCGUUCUCACAUUUUAAAGAUAAUUGGAUUUUGUCAUUUAUAAAUG